AUGAAAAAACAUGUGAGAAUUCAUGCAGGUAAUAAGCCGUACAAAUGCGGAAUAUGCGGGAAGGGUUUUGCUCAGUCAUCGAAUAUGCGUACACAUGUAAAGAAGAUACACAAGGAGAGAAACGGAACAGUUGUUCUGCGUGAAGAAAAAUUUCUCUCAAUCACAAAAUAUGACAAUUCACGUGACGGUUCAUCACAAGGCCCAAAUCAGCUGCAUUGUAUGCGGUAA